UCUCCCCUUUAGCGGUGAAGGUGCAACAGUUAUCGGUCGUCCCGACUCGGGUUCAUCCGACACCCUCACCAACCAAGCUGAACUGAGCUCAACCUCCACAGCAGCAUCAUGCCUCCCAAAUUCGACCCCAACGAGAUUAAAGUUGGUACGUUUUCACUGAAAAGUGGCUAAAAACUAAAACGCAGACGCCGUCAUGGAGGCCUGUGAGCUGAACACGUGUACAUGAGGUGCACAGGAGGAGAAGUUGGUGCCACCUCCGCUCUGGCCCCCAAAAUUGGCCCUCUGGGUCUGUCUCCCAAGAAAGUUGGUGAUGACAUCGCCAAGGCCACCGGGGACUGGAAGGGUCUGAGGAUCACCGUGAAGCUGACCAUCCAGAACAGACAGGCGGCGAUCGAGGUCGUUCCCUCAGCAUCCGCUCUGAUCAUCAAAGCUCUGAAGGAGCCUCCUCGUGACCGCAAGAAGGUCAAGAACAUCAAGCACAGCGGCAGUGUGACCCUUGACGAGAUCAUCGCCGUUGCUCGCGUCAUGAGGCCUCGCUCCAUCGCCAGGGAACUCUCCGGAACCAUCAAGGAGAUCCUGGGGACCGCUCAGUCUGUCGGCUGCACCAUCGAUGGUCGCCCUCCUCAUGAUGUCAUCGAUGACAUCAACAGCGGCAAAGUGGAGUGUCCCACUGAGUAACUGGACCAGACUUUGAAUAAAAAGUUGAGAAAAAGA